CGAGGCCAUUGAUCCAGAGACAUUCAUAGAGAGUUAGAGACAUCUUUUUGCAUUUAGUCUCAUCGUAAGCUCAUUGUUCUUCAUCAUGCAACUCAUGUCUUGACUGUACCAAAUACGUUUGCAACGAUACUGAUGUACAAAGCUUGCAAGACUCAUGGAAGACUCACAAAGACCUCUUCUGCACAACAUAUCGCCUGAGCGGCCAGGUUCAACAUUCAAUACCGCUCGCCUACACACCCGUCGUUACCUAUGUUCCAAGUUUGGUCACUACACUAUUCUGCUACUGGUAUCUCUCGACUGUUCUUGCAUCUUCAUCGAAUUCGUUGUCCAGAUCUUCACCUGUGAGGGAAAGAUCUCCGAACCAAAAGGUCAUGUUGCUCAAGAAGCAACAAGCAUUAUUGGCCUGAUCUUCUCGUGCCUUUUUAUGCUAGAAUUGGUAGCAAGCAUAUGGGCAUUCAGCUUCCAAUACUUCCGUUCAAAGUUCCACUGUUUCGACGCUACUGUCAUUGUGGCCAGCUUCAUCAUCGAUGUUCUCCUGCGCGGUCUUCUUGAAGAGGUCGCUUCACUGGUUAUUAUCCUACGUCUUUGGCGCGUUAUCAAAAUCAUGGAAGAGCUGAGUGUUGGCGCUCAAGAGCAGACGGAAGCCCUACGAGAGAAAAUUGAACUGCUUGAGCAAGAAAAGUCGCAAAUGGAAGAGGAGUUGGUCAGAUUCAGGUUACAGACUCCAGGGUCUCAUGCUUGAUAUUCGUAAAAGAUGACGAUGUAAAUGAAGAAGAGAUCUUGGCUCUGCCCGGCUGGUCUGCCAGUCGCUGACACUCCAUGACUCCUCGCUAAGUUGAAAUGCCUCAUGUUAUCAUGUUUCGUGAUCCAUUUGUUCCUCCUCUUUCAAUAUUUAUGUUGAUUUCACAUGCCCAUACGAG